AUGGAGCAGACACACAGCGAUGCUGCCGAUGGCGAGAAACUGGUUUCCGGUGUGUCGAUCGAGAUGCAGCCGAUUGGAGCCGAAAACAACGCACAUCCAAAUGUUGUGGAGCGCGCGGGCUCGUCAAAGAUCAUUGAAUCCAUCGCCACCGCCAUCUCCAAAUCCAUGAUCGGCACUUCCAUCACCAACUUUGCCGAUGGCGUCGAGGGGGAGAUCGCCAAGAAGCUGUCGUACGGCUUGAUGACGGCGGACAGCGUGAUUGAGUUGGCGCGCAUGAAAGAUGAGUCCGUCGUCGAGAGAGCCACGGAGCAGGUGCAGCAGUCGCACCCAUCCGGAUUCAGGUCCAAGUUCUCCUCGGCGCCCGUGGAGGAGAUUGUGGAACAGUUCGGCCUGCAUGAUCUGUCGUUUGGUCUCUCCACGGUGCAGAGCAACCUGAACCGCGAUUUUUACGGCAAGAACAUUUUGGAGGGGUCCAAGAAGAUUCCGCUCUGGUAUUUGUACAUCAGCCAGUUCUUCAACUUCGUCGUCAUCAUGCUGCUGGUUGCUGCCGUCGUCAGCAUUGCGCUGGGCAACAUCGUGGAGGGCGUGUUCAUCGUCAUCAUCACAAACGUCAACGCGGCCAUGGCCACCUACAUGGAGAAGUCGGCGGCCAACGCGUUGGAGAAGCUGGCGGAGAUAUCCUCCCCCACCACAACCGUGGUGCGUGACGGCCAGGAGAUGACCAUCGACUCCAAGGAUGUGGUGCCCGGAGAUGUCGUCAUCCUGAAAAUGGGUGACACCGUCCCCGCCGACAUGCGUCUGUUCGAGGUUAACGAGAUCCGCGUGAACGAGGCGUUGCUGACGGGUGAGCCCGAGGCUGUGAAGAAGGACCUCGUAGCGAAGGACAUCAACUCGCCCUUCGCCACCAACUUGUGCUUCGCCUCCACUUCCGUCGUGUCUGGUUCCGCGCGUGGCGUGGUCAUCAGCAUUGGUAUGGAGACGCAGGUAGGUCACAUCGCGAAGCAGCUGAAGAAGGCGACGCAAGGCAACGACAUGACGCCACUUCAGUCGAGCCUCAACAGUUUGGGCGGCAUUAUUGGGCUCAUCUCCAUUGCCGUCUUGGUCUCAAUUAUUAUAGUUGCGAUAGUGACCAAGUACGAAGACCCCACCAGACCCGACACUAACCGCAUCUUGUCCAUUGUGCUGCUCGCCGUUGGAUUUGCGGUGUCGUCAAUUCCGGAGGGGUUGCCCAUGGUUGUGACCAUUUCGCUUUCCAUCGGAGCCAGCGACAUGGCCAAGAGAAACGCGAACAUCAGGAAGCUCCCCGCCGUGGAAACGUUGGGCUGCUGCUCCGUUAUCUGCAGUGACAAGACCGGUACCCUGACCGAGGGCAAAAUGACCACGACCACGCUGGUUGUGUUCCACAGCGUCGGGGACAAGUGGGCGAGCGAGGAGCUAAGCUUCUAUCCCACGAUGGGUUUCAACCCGCACGGCGGCCUGUUCCAAAACGAGCACCUCACUGAGCAGGUGAAGGCCGAUCUCCUGCAGUGCGCCAAUGAAGAGCGGUCCUGCGAGACAGCUGAGUUCAACGUCUGUGGCAAGGACGUCAACACCGCCACGUCGCAGCAGGUGAAAGCCUGCAUGCUUGCGGCGUACCUGAACUCCAACGGCACGCGUAUAGAGAAGGACGAGGCAAGCAGCAGGUGGAAGGCUGUGGGCAACAUGACGGAAUCGCCACUUAUUGUGGCCGCCGCCAAGUGUGGCAUCGGGUCCACUGUGAACCCCAACGACACCACCUACGAGGACCACCCCGUCCUGCCGAAGCUCGAGGUGCCAUUCAAUUCCAGCCGCAAGAUGAUGUGCACGGUGCACAAGCUGAAGAGGAACAACUUCUUUGGUGACAUCGACCUCUCGCGGGGCACCGAUGUGUUCACCCAUGUGGCCACGCUGAAAGGAGCGCCGGACAUGCUGUUUGACACAUGCAGGCUCACUGUGAAACGAGAUGCCGAUUCGUGCAAAGUGGACUGGGAGUCGCUUGGAAGUGGCAAAAUAAACGCGCAGAUGGCCUCCGUGCACGCGGCGAACUCCGAGCUUAGCAGCAGGGCCCUCCGAGUGCUGCUGGUGGGCGUAUUCCCCCUGACGGACAACGAUGUGGAGUCACUGCGCCAGUGCCAGGAUUCGGAUGAGCGGUUGAAGUGGCUGCUUGAUGGCGGCAACAAUGGCGGGUCACCGCUGGUGCUUCUCGGCUGCGUCGGAAGCCUUGACCCGCCCCGCUUUGGAGUCAAGAGUGCCAUUGAGACCUGCGUGAAGGCCGGCGUGCGCGUCGUCAUGAUCACCGGUGACCAGAAACGUACCGCAGCCGCUAUAGGAAAGGAGAUCGGGCUUUUCAACCAGUUCGAGCACCUGGGCGACGAGGAGACUGGCGUCCUCGAGUGCAGCAACCUGCAUAUCAGCAACGACCACUCCGCCGGCUACCUUCCCGAUGAGGCCAUUGACGCGCACACCGCGCGAGUUUCGGUGUUCUGCCGCGCGCAACCUGAAGACAAGGUGGCCAUUGUGGAGUCUCUGAAACGCCAGGGGUACCUGACGGCCAUGACCGGCGACGGUGUGAACGAUGCCCCGGCGCUUAAGACGGCCGACAUCGGUGUUGCCAUGGGAAUCAACGGCACGGACGUCGCAAAGGGCGCGUCUGACAUGGUCCUGCUUGAUGACAACUUCUGCACCAUCGUCAGCGCUAUAGAGUCCGGGCGUACCAUCUACGCAAACAUCCAGAAGUUCGUGUCCUUCUUGCUCGGUACCAACAUCGGCGAGAUCAUCUACUUGACCGCGUCCAUCAUCAUAAGGACGCUGCCGCCGGUGGAGGCGAUGCAGAUCCUGUUCCUCAACAUCGUCACCGACGGGUGUCCCGCCGUGGCGCUGUCGCGUGAGCCAUCGGAUGCUGACGUCAUGACCAAGAAGCCACGCCCGCGAAGUCAGCCGAUCAUGACCCGUGAUUGGUGGCUUUUCGGUAACCUCCCGCACACCAUCUUCGAAGCGGCGAUGGUGAUCUGCAGCAUCCUCGUCGGCCUGUACGUGUGCACUGGUGUCAUCUUCAUGUCCGACAUCCACAAACAGUGCAGCUCUGUGACGCUCAAGGACGCAAGCGGGAACAGCCACAAUUUCAUGUAUUUCUGCAAGUCGUACGAGUAUCGUGUCGAGCGGGGUUACGUCGGCUGGGUUACUAACAUUAACUACUUUGACGUUGUGCACGGCGAAAUCAAGACCGCAUUGGGUGCUAUCGAGGGCAAGCAAGAGAUACUUAGACCGGACACCGAGGGACUCUGGAAAGAAGUAGCCUCUAGUUUCAAGAACAUCGGCACCGGCGAUGUUCCGGAGGAACACAAGGACAAACUUGAGCGUGACGAGCACGGAUGGUUCCGGCCGAAGAGCGGUAUCACAGUCAAGGGGCGCGAGGACACGCCCUUCGGAGCUGCGCCUCACGGUUACUUCGACAUCACCGCGCGCAAGUCCACGCAAGCCCGCACCAUAUCAUUCAUUACGGCCGUGUGGUGCGAGAUGCUGCGCGCGUACACGGUGCGCAGCUGGGACUACUUCUACCGCGUGUUCAACCGCAGCCCCGUUAUGCACAUUGCCUGCGGUGCCUCCGCCACUGUCACCUUCGUCGCCACGGUGGUGCCCAGGUUCAACACGAUCAUGCACCUUGUCUCCUUGCCGUGGUGGCAGUACCUCCUCGCCGUGGGGUUCGCCAUGGUGACGCUCGUCCUGGACGAAUGUGUUGCCAAGGUUCUGUACAGACGCUGUGCGAAGCACGAAAUUUAA